UUUGGUCUCCUCUUCGUAUCUUGUCUUGGUCACAGUUGGUGGUACUCUUGGUGUUACUUCGCUAAGUUCGCAGCCACAGAUCUACCAAUAAUUGUUUUCAAUUACCAAUACAGAAACAUUGUGCCUAUUACAUUGAGUCGCGCUGCUCAGAAAUCAUUAUUCGCGAACGACCUUUGACACAAUGGCUGACAAUGGAGCUACGAAGCGUUGCUCUACCUGUGGUGACGAAAGCGGAGCAAAGAAGGCAGAUGAUGGUGUUCUCAAUGUGACAUCGUGGCUCGAGGAGAACAAGGACAACUUCAAGCCACCCGUAUGCAACAAAGUCAUGAAUAAUGGAUGGCUGAAGAUCAUGUUUGUAGGUGGUCCCAACCAGCGUAAGGACUAUCACAUUGAGUGCGGAGAAGAGCUCUUCUACAUGGUCAAGGGCUCCAUGGUGCUCAAGAUCAUGGAGCAUGGCACUGAUCCCAAGGACAUUGUCAUCAACGAAGGAGAGCUGUUCUGCCUACCCUCACGUAUUCCACACUCACCGCAGCGCAAUGCGGACACCAUCGGCUUGGUCAUUGAGCGACACCGUAUUGCUGAGGAAGACGACUGCUUGAGGUACUAUGUUGAUGGAUCCACAGAGAUUCUCUACCAGGAGAUGUUCCACCUGAAAAACCUGGAGAAGGACCUUCCACCCAUCAUCAAAAGGUAUUUUGCUUCGGAAGCUCACAAAACAGGCAAGCCCGUCGAUGGCCCGUAUGAAGAUGUGAUCGAGCUGAGGAAGGAGAAAGUCAUGGAGCCGUUUUCUUUCCAGCAGUUCCUGGACGACAAUGCUGACAAGCUAAAGGAAGACGGCAGCAUCAGCGUGUUUGAAGGAAUGGACAAUAAAGUGACCGCGUUUGGCAACACGACCAAGACGAUGUCUGGCUGGGAAACAUGGCUCUGGCAAUGGGAGGGAGAGACUCAGCUGUGUUUGGAGAGAGCCCCUAAGAGAACGCUGAAGAAGGGUGACAGUUUCCUCGUACCAGCCGAUACUCAGUUCACCGUGCAUGGCAACGGCAGCUCUCUUCUGCUCGCCUUCCAGCAGGUGGUGGCUGGUUUCGACGCUCAACCGCCCAUGUAGACCAUGGAUAUAACGUGUGAGUGCGCGCGAGUGUGUGCGCGCGACCGCCUGUGUGUGUUCAUGUACAUGUACAUACCGCCGUGUCCUCACUGUUGAAGUCCUGCAUGAUGAUGCUCUGUUGCUCACGGCUGUUCCCACAGUAUGCUUGCUUAUACUGGACGAUCUCAUACUGGGAACAGCACUUCGCAUCACAGCCUAUGGUGUAUGCCUUUCCUCGGCCGUUUUGCUAAGCAAUCUCUUGCCCAUGGACAUUAGUCCGGUUCUGCCCACGUGGCUCUCUUCAACUGUGCCAGGGUAGCAUGAAGACUGCGCCGCUGCCACCAAUGGCGUCUCUCCAAUAUCUCUCUCCUACUCCUGCCUCUAUUCGGAUCGGUUUCAACUCUGCACGUGAAUUCCGAAUGCGUCUUCCGAGUAGUCACGGCAACCUACUGCAGUCUUAUUGGCCUAUGAAUUAUUUUAGGCACAUCGACGUUUGUGCUUUUUAGAUAGUGCUUGGUAUGAUGAUUCCUUACCUUUUUUUCUUAUUUUUAGAUCAGUUUAGAUCAUUUUCAAAUGUGAAAGUUUCUCAGAUUUUCAAGGCCAAAUUUUGCCUCUACUUCCUAGCACAUCACUGUCACUGGUUUGACGUGAACAGUUUUCUGAAAUCUCUUAAACACGGUGUGCCCGCCUGCACUGGUA